CUUCGCCGUUGCUUGACUUUAUUAUGAAAAAAUUGAGUGUUACGGUCCCCAUCACAGAACCCGAAUUCCUUCGCUCUCUGUUUCCAGAAUAUAUUUUGCUUCUCUACCAGAUCCGAAUAUGUAUUUUUAACUCUAAAAAAUUCUGAUUGACUAGCCUCAUCUUCUCUUCCCCGAAACCACUGCAUAUGCCUUUUACAUAUAUCCACUCUAACUUGGUAGCCUCGUUUGAUCCCUUUCCCCCAUCUUUUCAUUUCUCUCCCACAAUGGCCUAGUAAAUUCCAAAUUUCUCCAUCCCCAUUCAACCUCCAGCUUCUGGCAACAAUGUCCAUACAAUCCUCCUCCUUUAGCCAUACGUUUUCGAACUUAAAAGAUCUGAGUGUGUUUCCCCUCAUUGAUUGACCCAACUUUAGGAAUAACAUAAGAUGAUCACCCGUUGGACCCUCUAAAGAACAAGCAGCAACAUCCCCAAACAUAUUCAGCCAACCAUCAUUCACCAAAAUCAUGCCUAGUUUUUCUUGCACCAAAGCUUGUGUUCCCCUCCCUCUCUCCCAGGUAAGUUGGUAGCCUUCAAAUCUAAAAAUCCUCAAGCCUCAGAACCAGAUAGCUUCCCUGAAGCCUCCCAUACGCUGCCACUCCACCUGCGGCAGCCUUCCUCUUUUCUCACUGGCGUACAUAACGUCAUUGAAGUCACCCAUCACCAACCACGGCAAUGAUCCUCUGCAACCAGGAGACUUCAAUGUUGGAAUCUGCCCAAGGAUCAACACACACAUAUAGGCAAUGGAAGAAGAACACAAAGAUAUCCAUACAGGAUAUCCAAGCUUCUCUACGCUUUCUGCAAUCAGGAUAUCCAUACAUACUAGUGAAUCUCCAUCUAAGUAGCACCGGGACGGAAAUGGAAACGGGGACGGGGAAACACUAAACUCAAAAUAUCAGGAAACAGGUACGGCAAGGAAACGUCAAACUAAAAAUUAAUUUUUUUUACUAAUAUAAGUAAUGCAUACGUCUUACUUCUGAAGUAAGUUCCAUAUUUGAGUAUAAAGAAAGGUUCGUACUUACUAGAACUUGGAAACAAUUGAAAUUGAAGAGAGAAUCCUCUCACCCAAAAACCAAAGCCUUCUCUUCGGACCUAUCCAGUGAAGUAGCGAACCAGCACGGCAGCACUCCCUGCCUCCCUGGAGUCCAGGCGAUGAUGAUAGUCGAUGGUCUCUGUCUCGUUCGCAGGCUUGAAGCAACAACUCUUCGCAAAUAACCCUUCGCACUUCGUUCGCAGUCUUUGGCUCUUCACACUUCGUAGAAUCAGACUCGCAAAGAGUGAAGUGUAUGAAGGAAUCAUGGGAAUGAAGAAACAACAUUGGAGGACUUGGUCUCGGAUCCAGACCAUUAAACGCAAGCUAAAGGCAUACAACUGGAGUCUUGCACACAUUCAUCCGACAAUCAACAAGGCUGUUGAUUAUUUGGCUUAUAAGAGCACUUCCAUGAAAACCAAGAAUCAUCAUUUUAAUCAUUUUGUUGGUAUUUUAAAGUUUGAUGCGGUUAGCUAUCCG